AAGCUCAAUAAGUUUGCACGACUAGCAUCUUUAUAUAGACAAAAAUUCAGAUAAUAAUAUAUUGAUAACGAUAUUAAAUUUUAUAUAAGACGCAGUGAAGAUACAAAAAUUUUUACUUUGGAGCAUCCGUCACUGUGUGAAACGUGUCGACUUUAUUAUGAAAUCGUUAUAGCUACGUACAAGUAAAAUUCAUAAGAAUGGCACCAAAAGGAACAGAUUAUUUAGAAAUAGCACACCAAAGAGCUAUUGAAAAGAAAACUCAUGUCAGCUUUCCACAACUGAAGUACCCGUCGUUGAGAGACGAGGGCUUAAGAGAUCCGUUACAAUGGCUGCAGGGGAAAUCUAUGGACGAUGGGGCAGAAGGGCUGUGGAGAGUGCACGAUGGUUUGUACGAUUUAGGAGAGUUUGUGGAAACCCAUCCUGGUGGAGCUGAGUGGUUGGAACUAACGAAGGGUACAGAUAUAACUGAGGCAUUCGAAUGUCAUCACAUCAGAUCCAUCGCAGAAAAAAUAUUGCCCCGAUUUUAUAUUCGAAAUGCCAAAACACCGAGAAAUUCUCCAUUUACUUUUAAAGAAGACGGUUUCUUUCGCACUUUAAAGAAACUUGUGAGUGAAGAAAUUGAGAAAGUUCCGAAAGAAAGACUGAGGUACUCCGAUAUGUUAACAGAUGGGCUAUUUGCGACGUUACUUGUAGCAUCGGCCUUGUCGUGUUGGUCUUCCAAUUAUUGGCUCACAAUGGGAUUCUACAUUGUAGCAUCAGUCUCCUUGGCCUGGCUCGUGGUCGCUUCACACAACUAUAUACAUAGGAGAACAAAUUGGAGGAUGUAUUACUUUAAUUUGAGUCUCUGGUCUUACAGGGACUUUAGAGUGUCUCAUGCUCUUUCACAUCAUCUGUAUCCGAAUACAUUGAUGGACCUGGAAAUAAGCGCAUUUGAACCUUUAAUUUUCUGGAAUCCCAGAAAAAAUGUGCCAUAUUACGCCAAUUUUGCAAUUUUGUUCGAGCUUAUUUUCUUUCCUUUUGCAUUCAUAAUUAAUUUUGUAAAAAGAACCAUACUUAUCUUCUUACGUGAUGGUUUCUUUACAAAGCAUAUCCGUUGGCAUGACUUAGUGGGAUUCCUGCUUCCUUUAUGGAUGUAUCUUGCCAGUGGUACCAGUUUCAUUCAUGUACUCACAAUGUGGCUUGGAAUAAUUUGCGGCGGUAGUUUCAUCUUCUUUCUCAUAGGAUCUAAUGCUGCUCAUCACCAUCCGAAAAUAUUUAAAGAUGGUGAUCAAGUCAGUGACGUUACUGUGGAUUGGGGAAUGCAUGAGCUUGAGGCGGUCAUGGAUCGACCGAAUAUUAACGACAGCCAUUUCAAAGUGAUCACUUUCUUUGGACAUCACGCUCUACAUCAUUUAUUCCCUACCCUGGACCACGCUGUACUGGAAUAUUUAUACCCAGUAUUCAUACGGCAUUGUGAAAAGUACAAAGCAAACUUUAGACUAAUGUCACAGUUGGAACUUUUCAUUGGACAGGUAAAGAUGACACUGAAAACUGAUCCUUCCCUUUUGUCUGAGAGAUACAGUUAGUGAAGGUGAAAUAAUUUUUUAUUUACUAACUAUAAAUACUUAACAGGGCUCUCUCCGUCACUCGUUUCAUACAAUCGUAGUUCCAAAUUCAUUUGAAUAUU